AUGAAGCGAUGUAUCACAGACGUGCCGCGCAGAUUGCACGCCUAUGGUCUGGCGUGCUCGGGUCGGCGAUGGACGUCACAUAGCAGCACCUCUCUGACGGACGAAGCGCUACUCGAAAAAGUUGGCGCGCGGCUCAACGAAGACGAGUACGGGGAAAGAAUUACAAUCGAUGCGAAGAACAAAACGAUAACGACAGAGGGUGGGGAGCUUCCCAUGUCUCCCCUGUUUGAUCCCGCCUGGAUCAAGUCACGGAGGCGGCAAGCCAAAGAAGCGCCGCGUACAGGCGGCCAGUUCCAGAAGCAUCUCCAAAAGAACCCUUUCGCGCAAGCCCUUGCGACGCCCCUGAGGCUCUGCGCCGUCACCAAGACACAGCAACCGCGAUAUUUUAUGCAGCGAUUCGACGUGGUGCGGCACCCAGAAACCAACCAAGGCUGGUUCGCUCCGUCCAACGACUCUUAUGGCCACAUACAACGAAACGAACAAGCACGCGCCAGCGCCGCGUCCCCCGAGGCAGAGGCGAGCGCAAAGGCUACCACAGAUGGACAGGACGAACAUGCUCCUCGGGUGACUGCCUACGUCGCGUCGCAAAAAUCUGUACUUGAUGCGCUGUCUGGGCCGAGCAAGAGACUCCGCGGCGCAGUGCUUGCGCGUCGGCGCGGCCUCGGGGUGAGCCCCGAGGCCGCUAUGCCCGUGUGGCGGCACGACAUGGGCGACUUGGUACUCGGGAGCAUGCGGCGCGAGGCGACGGACGAGCUCAUUCGGAGAGCGGGCGUGGCAAAUUACAAAUUUGUGCAGCCCUGCGCGGGAUGGGAGGACAUCAAGGACGUCGAGCGGCGCGGCUGCGUCCUGUGGCUGCCGCGGGGAGAGGACAAGGCGACCGCGCGGCAGCACGCAACCUUUGACGUUGCGGGCGCAAAGUAUGACAGCAAGAUGCCAGUGCACGACUUGGUCUGGUUGCUGGGCGAGGAAGAGUCUGCUAGGCUGAGCAGCGAAUCAGACGUUUUUCGGAAUCAAGAGUUGCUGGUGCUGAAGAGCUGGCCAACGAAAACCAUGGUUCAGCUGCAUUUGCUUUUGUGGAAGCUUCAGGGCUAUCUGGACAGCGCGUCCGAAUAG